CAUGUCAUGCAUGCUAAAGACAAAUAAAUAGUUCAGACAUCACCCAGUGUCAGUCAUUAUACAUGACAAAGUAGUGAAAUAUUGGGUGGAUCACUGUUUGUAUUCACUAUCAGCCAAUAAGCAGAAGUAAUAUUUUUUAAGUUGGUCAUAUGAACACAAGGAACAUUGAAACGACACACCGAGUUAGAACAAUACAGAAAAUGUUGGAUAUGCGCGUGUGUUUCGUGAUGUGUUCCAUUGUAGUGGCCAUUGUGAACUGCCAGACAAGAGGACUUGCAUUCCAAGCACGACCUAAGCCAUCCGCCUGCAAGCCUCUCUGCAACAUGCAGUUAGUACCUCUCAACUGCAAGGCCCAGUGCCAGAUCCUCCAGAUGUACAAACCCACCAAGGAUCUCUGCCAUACAAAACGAUGUCGUCCUGGUAGCAGGUGUAAGAUGUACGGCAGUCGCCCGGUCUGCAUCCCGAUUCCAAAAGCUUGUUUAGAGCAUGUGGAUCAGGGACUGUGUCUUCAGACGUACUACCGCUACUUUUACAACAAAAUAACCGGCAAGUGCGAGAUGUUCGUUUACGGAGGUUGCGAUGGAAACGCUAAUCACUUCGGUUCAUAUAGGCACUGCGCAUGGAUAUGCCUCAAUAAAAGGGAAUGACGUCAUUUCCCUCAACCAAACGUGACUGGUGAUGGAUUAACAGAACAUAUUUUCUUAUAAAAAAAAAGAAAGACAUUUGUUUUUUCUACACAGUUAUUUGGUGACUGGAUACAUUUUGUGUUGUAAAAUCUGCAAUAUUACAAUAUAUAUCGUUUAUGGGUACUCUGUAGUUAGUGCAUAACUGUAUAUAUUUAUAGCAGCGAAUAUAUUAUGUUAAGCUAAUUAAAUAGCCUGUACAUAGUAAAUAUGUAUAUGUUUUUGCAUGUUUUAUAGAUGUAAGUAUUGUAUAAUGAAAAACACUAAGAAGUAGACGAUUGUGAACAUGUUACAAAAUGUCAUAUUCUGUUAUUGUUUAUUACAUUAUGUUUGUAAUUUAUUAGGGAAUGUCGGGUAUUUUAGCUUCAACCAAAAUAACUCUAGUAGGACCGUGUCUACGAAGUUGGUAGUUCAGUUCCCUCGAGAAAAAAGUGUUUUUUAAAAGGGUCCUUUCUUUAGUUUGAAAAUGGCUUUAACAUGGUUUUGUAUAGCUCGGGAAGAUACUUUAUUUCUUGUGUAUAAUUCGGUAGCAUUCCCUCAACCACUAGUUUAAUCGUUAAAGGUGCAUCGUCCUUCAACAUCAAUGUGUGAUACUUCGGAUACAAUAAUACAUGACAUGGUUACAGAGAAAAACACUUUGUUGAUUUUUAUACUUCUUGGCUGCCGUCUUGAAUACUUCAAAUUGCUCAAGAGUGACAACUCCUCAUCCAUAUGGCUAUCAUUAUUAAUACCGCAAACUUAAACAAACAACAGUAAUAGGGCCUAAUAAUAAUAAGAAGAAGAAGAAUUUUUAAAAACAAACACAAACAAACAAACAAACAAAAAGAAACAAACAAA